AUGAAUUAUUAUAGCCGCAACAGUCGCAACAGGUGCCCGUCGCAGAGCAGUCGCAGCAUUACUCGCGCGACACGUCGCACAGAGCCACAAAUACAGGAUUCAAGCAUUGAAAUCAUCGACAUCAUCAUGAUCGAUUCCACUUCGGCAGACUGUUGCGUUUUCGCCAAGGAGUCCCUGUCCGUGGAGGGGUACAUGGCGUCUCCGCCCGCAGUGCACCAGAGGACCAACAGCCAGUUAAAGGACCACAAAGAAUUCUUAAAGAAAUCAAAAGAUUCGUUGUUGUCGAGGAGUGUAAAGGAAUUAUCGUUACUGCAAUUCCAUGAAGUUGAACCACAUUUACAAUCCAAUCCAUAUAUUACAUCCGGCUAUAGAGCGAGUCUAUCGACAAAAAUGUGUAUAGAGAGCGCUUUUUGGCUGACUAAUGAAACCAUAAAUAUUUGGUCACAUGUAUUUGGUUGGAUGCUGUUUUUUGGAUUAACAAUUUAUGACUUGUUACUGUUGAAUAUUCACGCUUCACCGUUCGAUAAGCUUGUCGUGGGUCUACUACUCGGAUGUUUUCAGAUUAGCAUGGCAUCGUCGACUAUGUACCACACGUUUUCGUGCAAAUCCGAAAAACAUUUCAACUGUUUUUUAUCUUUUGACUUGUUCGGCAUAGCGUUGAGCUUGUUGGGAAUCUACUUAUCAGGAAUUUAUUACGCUUUUUGGUGUCAUCCCGUACAUCGAAUGUUUUACUUAUCCACGGUGUUCUUUAUAUUUGUAACUGUCAUUGGAUUGCAAUUACCAAAGCUGAAAGCAAGUGAUAAUUUGAAAAUGAUCUCAUUUGUGUGUUGGGCAGCAUACGGAGUGAUACCGACGUGUCACUGGGUUAUAAUCAUGGGUGGAUGGGAAAAUCCAAUAGUGGCCAAAUUGUUAUCAAGAAUUUUAAACAUGUACCUUAUUUCCGGAUUAGCGUUUCUGAUUUAUGUUACUAGAAUGCCAGAACGGUUUUUCAAAGGUAAAUUAGAUUACAUAGGAUCAUCGCAUCAGUGGUGGCAUUUCCUGGUCGUGAUAGCGUUGUAUUACUGGCACAACACUGGCAUUUUGUACAUCGAGUACAGAAUGAACCACGGAUGUGUCAACGAUUUACGACUAUAA